AUGGCAGACGUAUGCAGUGGCUUUGAAUCACAAAAUUAUCUGAAGGAUCGCUGUAGGAAAUGCUUCCGUCAGAAGAACGUGAUGGCCCUAACGAAAAAAGAAAGAAGAAAAAGCUUGCGAGAGAAGAUCAACGACAACGGCGCUCCAGAAGAAGGUAGCUCUUAG